AACAGUCGCUGGUCGUGCAGGAAGAAAACACGCUGUGGAUCUGCUGCUCAGAAACUUGGUUUGAAAAAGAGCCCCGCCCAUCCUCCUGCCUCUCCUGGAGCCUUAUAACCAGAUGACUGUUCUUCAGACGCACAUAUCCAAGAAACGCACUGGACUUGAGCACAGUUACGACCCCGGAGAGCAGACAGAAAGCAACCUGACGGAAUAUAAGCUGUUCGCAUUUGUUUGUUUUCCUCCGAGAGAAGCAUCUUGGUUGAGCGAAGAAGACAUGGAUUUUUUGAACCACGACUACUUGAGCGCGCGCACCUCCUACGAUUACACCUUCAAUUUUUGGAAUGACUAUCUCGGUCUCUCCACGCUGGUCACCAAGAACAACAAGCACAGCGUCCCCCAGAGUCCAAACUCCAUCACGGAGUCCCUGAAAGCCACUCUGGGCUUGGACGACAGCCCUCCGUGCCCGUGCGUAAUCGCGGCCGGGGGCGACGGCGACAGCGGAGGACACCUGGGAUCCUGCUGCUGCCCCCCACCCGCCUCCGUCUCCAUCCUGGACCUGAAAGAGCGCUUCUCCAUUCUGAGCCCCUUCCAGAACCAGAACCAAGGCACGAGAGGGCUGCUGUCCUCCUCCCAGGAGCGGGAGAUGGGCAUCGGAGGGAGCUUCGCAGGAUUCGAUCUGUUCGGCGUGGAGAGAAAGAUGAGGAAACCAGCCGCGCGCAAUAAGCAGGAACCCAAGAUCUGCGUCUUCUGUCGGAAUAACGGCGCGCCGGAGGAGGGGUACGGCUCGCACGUCCUGAAAACCCCGGAUGGGAGGGUGGUGUGCCCGAUUCUGCGGGCGUACACAUGCCCCCUAUGCAGUGCCAACGGGGACAACGCGCAUACAAUAAAAUACUGCCCUCUCUCCAAAGACCAGCCUGCCCAGAGAGUGCUGAAGGGAGGCAGAGCUGUGGGUGGUAAGCGAGUGAAAAUCUUCUAAAAGACUCCUAUACUUACAUGUAUUGCACUGAACAUUUUCUUUCAGAUGACUGUUCUGAUUGACUUGCUUUCCGAGUCUUAACUACUAGGCAAACAAAUAAGAUGAUAUCAAUGUUUUGUUAAACGAAAAAAAAAAAUCUCUUAUAUUUUUAUAGAUACUUUAUUUCCAUAGUUUAUUGCAUACUUUAUUCAUAAAAAGCAAUUUUUUUUUCCUUUUCACGCAUAGGUUUUAGAUGUUUAUUGACGAUGCAUAGUCACAUUUUGUGUGAAAUAAGAUGUUAUUUUUCUUUCAAAUGGGAAACGUGAAUGUUGGCACCAGAGGAGUUGCUCCUCUGUUCAACUCAAGUAUUUUCUUUACUGUAAGCUAAGCUUGCGCCUCCUUUUUGUCUUUAAACCAAAGUUUAUUUUGCCAUUAAGCGAUUUUAAAGAAUGUUCCACAUGUCUUCAUUUAUGAACUUAAGUCCCAUUCCGCUCUCUUCUGAAAGUCCACUCCGCAAUUUCCUGACAUUUGCGAGCACGGACGCGCAGAGCAACACAAUAGAGGCUCUGUUGCGCGUUCAUGUUGUCAGCAUAACUUCAUAAUAGGCCAAAUGAUUUCCAACCCCACUGACAGAGCUGGGCAUUUAACAUUGCAGGGUCCAUGUUACAGAAGUUUACAGUACUAAUAUUAAGUGAAUUUCCAGCAGCUCCAGAAAGCAGUGUUGCUCAUUAGUGUGUAACAUGCACGCUGUAAUGUAAAGUGUGACCGCAGGCUAUUCUUCUGAAUGAGGUGCCCUUUCAAUGUUUACACCCCUAGUAAGGGGAACACACA